AUCUGAAGUUGAAGCGGAAGUGGCUGUCAGCUGAGCUCUCAUCACGUGACCAGCUGUGGCAGAGAUCCUCCAUUCUACCGUCUCCGGUGCAGCUUGUUUGUCUCUCUUCUCUCCGUUAAUCCUCCGGUACCCGGUACCCGAAUCCUUCGAUGGCCGGCCGCGGGAAACUGAUCGCUGUUAUCGGCGACGAGGACACGUGCACGGGCUUCCUGCUCGGCGGGAUCGGCGAACUGAACAAGAACCGCAAACCGAACUUCUUAGUGGUGGAGAAGGACACGAGCAUCGCGGAGAUAGAAGAGACCUUCAAGAGUUUCCUGGCGCGCAGCGACAUCGGCAUCAUCCUGAUCAACCAGUUCAUCGCCGAGAUGAUCCGGCACGCCAUCGACGGCCACAUGCAGUCCAUCCCCGCGGUGCUGGAGAUCCCGUCCAAGGAGCACCCGUACGACGCCGCCAAGGACUCCAUCCUGCGCCGCGCCAAGGGCAUGUUCUGUGCUGAGGACUUCAGAUAGACACACACUACUGACACACACACACACACACACACACACACACACACACACACACACACACAUAUAUAUAUAUA